CUCCGCCCCGCGCCAAUAGAAACCUAUCGAAGGGUAACCCGAGCCCAGAGAAACCCGCGGCGGCGGUGCCAGCACCCACCCAGCCGCCGCGGUCGGGGCCGGCUUUCCCGCAGGGGCGGGCGGCACCGCGCCAUGCAGUACCAGCCGCCGGGCGCGGCGCCGGCAGCGCUGAGCGUCCCGCUGUACGCGCCCACGCCUCUGCUCCAGCCCGCGCACCCCACGCCCUUCUACAUCGAGGACAUCCUGGGCCGCGGCCCCGCCGCCGCCCCGGCCCCCCACUCCCUGCCCGCCCCGCCGACGCUGCCGUCGCCGAACUCCUCCUUCACCAGCCUGGUGCCCCCGUACCGGACCCCCAUCUACGAGCCGACCCCCAUCCACCCGGCCUUCUCCCACCACCUCGCCGCUACCUACGGCACCGGCGCCUACGCCGGGCCCCUCUACUCCUUCCCCCGCGCCGUCGGUGACUACGCGCACGCCCUGAUCCGGCAGGACCCCCUGGGGAAGCCGCUGCUGUGGAGCCCCUUCAUCCAGCGGCCGCUGCACAAGAGGAAAGGGGGGCAGGUCCGUUUCUCCAACGACCAGACCAUCGAGCUGGAGAAGAAGUUCGAGACGCAGAAAUAUCUCUCCCCGCCCGAGAGAAAGCGCCUGGCCAAGAUGCUGCAGCUCAGCGAGAGGCAGGUCAAAACGUGGUUUCAGAAUCGCAGAGCCAAAUGGAGGCGUCUAAAGCAGGAGAACCCUCAGGCUGCCAAAAAAGAUGACGUGGAAGGUGCUGACAGUCACAGUGACCAAAGGCCGGAGAGCUGCCCGACACCCGAGCAGAAGGGUAAGGAGGUCUCCCUGGAUGGCUCACAGUAUACCCCGUCCCCAGCCUCACAGGAGGACUUGGAAUCAGAUGUCUCUGACGACUCCGAUCAAGAAGUGGACAUUGAAGGUGAUAAAGGCUAUUAUAAUCCUACCCACUAACGGCCCCAGGCAGAGAGUGGACCCUGACUUGGCUUGCACUUUACCAGGGGCUGGUUUGGAAGAAGACCAUGUACCGUGCUAUGAGAGAAAGCACUGACUGUUCCACCGAGAGAAAAAAACCCCAACACCAAAUAGACUUCUUUUACAAUAAGCAGAGAAAGAAAGGUGUAUUUUCCACAAGCAGUCCAUUUUCGGCAGAUCUCUAGUUUGGUUAAAGGAAAAUGGUUUGUAUUUAAUUAUUUGUAAGUUAUAUUUGUACAUUAAUCAAUGUUCUAACUGGAAUAUAAUACUGCACCCUGUCCUUACUCAUGGAGGGGGGUCUGAAUCAGCUGCUGUUGGUGAUCAGGCAAAACUCCUCUCUAGCUAGUGUGGGAAUGAGUACAGAUUGCAGGUGUAAGCCCUUUGUAUAAGAAAUGUAGUUUAAACAGAUUAAUUUAAACACCCCUUGCAAGCACAGAAGCAUACUCUGUGAAAUAGGGAUUUGACCAUCCCGAUAAGUGCCUUAUGCUCACACCGUUUUCCGUGCCGUGGUGCUCUCCUCCGGGACAUUGUUCAUCAGGUAGUCUCUUUAGGCAGAUUCUUUUUUGUUCUUGUUUGACAUGACUCGUGCCUUCUCAGAUUUUUGAGGACUUUGCCUUGCAAUCUGUAUGGUUCCAUUUGCAGGGGAAAAAAAAUGCGUAUUUUUCUUCUUGAAAAUCUCUAGUGCCGAUUUUUACAGAUUUUCUGUUUGAAAAAAAAUGUGGGGAGUGAUAGGGCCCUGCUGGCGGAGAGGGGCUGGCACCAGCCGUGGGGGCACACAGCCCUGGGAAGGUAAUGCCCAUUGUAUACAUAUCUGCUUCUGUAUAUACUAGUUUUCUUCAAAAGUCUUGCGGUUUUAUACCUCACGUUGUUCAUAUUUUGUACAUAUUUGUUCAAUGUUAAAAGAAAAAAAAAAGCAAAACCUGGUAUUUAAUUUUUGAUGGACUUGUCUGUGAAAUAAAACUCAGCUCUGCACC